CACCACGUGACGUGACAUCUGCUGGUUAUAGCAACUAGAGAAAGCCAGUAAUAUAGAUGUAGAGAGGAAGGAUCGUGGUGCCACAGGAGUCCACACGGCAUCAGUGCGCAGUCGCCUCAGCAGUCAGAGCUCCGGUCUCCAGCGCUGCCGUUACGCACAGGUUCAUCUCAUCUCCAAGCACCUGAUUAACAAAGACACGUACGCGGAUUUUCGCCCUCUUUAUGACACGAUGUAAGGCAGAUAUGGCUUUUCGCUGAAGGAUAUGAUAACUGUUGAGCUGCCAAAGUGGAGCCGCGCGUAUCACGGAUCGGGGCGCUCCUGCAGGGUCUAGGAUGCGCGCCCGGAACAUCCCGAUUCUUACCCGGGUUCGGGGCUGAGCAGGAAUCCACUGCCCCUGCUGGGCGCAGAGGCGGGAGGAGGACGCAGUCGACCCGCACCAGGAUGCCUGUGAUGAGGGGUCUGCUGGCCCCGCAGAACACCUUCCUCGACACCAUCGCCACCCGUUUCGAUGGCACCCACAGUAACUUUGUGCUGGGGAACGCGCAGGUCCAGUCUCUGUACCCCAUCGUGUAUUGUUCUGAUGGCUUCUGUGAACUCACUGGAUAUGCCCGUGCGGAACUGAUGCAGAAGAGCUGUGCGUGUCAUUUCCUGUACGGGCCGGAGACCAGUGACAGGUUGAUGGCACAGAUCCAGGGCGCACUGGACGAAAGGCGGGAGUUUAAGACAGAACUGGUCUUCUACAAGAAAGGAGGAACUCAGUUCUGGUGUCUUCUGGAUAUUGUGCCUAUUAAGAACGAGAAGGGAGAAGUGGUGCUCUUUCUAGUAUCACACAAGGACAUAACAGACAAUAAGAAGGUCCAAGAUGAAGAACAGAGUCCAGAAAGAGACGAGGAGACGGGGUUGGAGGUGCACAAGGUCACACGGCCACCGGGCUUCAAUGCCAACCGGCGCCGCAGCAGAGCUGUGCUUUACCAGCUGUCUGGACACCUGCAGAAACAAGACAAGAGCAAACUUAAAAUUAACAAUAACAUGUUCGGUGAGAAGCCGCCCAUCCCAGAGUACAAAGUGGCAGCCAUUCAGAAGAGCCGUUUCAUUCUUCUCCAUUAUGGCACCUUCAAAGCUGGCUGGGAUUGGCUGAUCUUGUUAGCCACCUUUUAUGUAGCAGUUACUGUGCCCUACAAUGUCUGUUUCACCGUGGUCGGAGGGCGUGAUGAACCGUCGACCCCUAGAAGUCCGCCGAGUGUGAGCGACAUCUUGGUGGAAAUUCUUUUCAUGUUAGAUAUUGUGUUAAACUUUCGCACCACAUUUGUGAGCACAUCAGGCCAGGUGGUGUAUGAUGCGCGUUCUAUCUGUGUGCAUUAUGUCACCACCUGGCUCUUUGUGGACCUGAUUGCUGCGCUACCUUUUGACCUGUUGUACGCCUUCAAUGUCAGUGUGUACUUUGGAGUUCAUCUGCUGAAAACAGUUCGAUUGUUACGGCUUCUACGCUUGCUGCAAAAGCUGGAGCGCUACUCCCAGUACAGCGCAGUGGUACUCACAUUACUUAUGUCCAUGUUCGCCUUGCUGGCACACUGGAUGGCCUGUGUCUGGUAUGUCAUCGGUCGCAGCGAGAUUGAGAACAACAGCCCUGGUUCCUGGGACAUUGGCUGGUUGCAUGAACUGGGUAAACGUCUGGGCACCCCUUAUUUCCUGUCCCCUCUUGCAUCCCUCAUUCCUGAUUCGCUGCGCCCCACAAUCUUGGAUGGAUUGGUGGUCAAUUCAAGCCAGUGGAAUGGCACUGAUCUGGUGGGACAUGAGACUGUGUGGAACUCGAGCCAAUGGAACACAACAGGAACAGGGCCGGUUGGCACUUCUUCAAACGCAGGACAGACUGGAGCUGUACUGGGAGGCGGGCCCUCGAUUCGGAGUUCAUAUGUGACAUCACUGUACUUUGCUUUAAGCAGUCUGACUAGUGUGGGCUUUGGCAAUGUCUCAGCAAAUACCGACUCAGAGAAAAUCUUCUCUAUCUGCACCAUGCUGAUUGGAGCACUCAUGCACGCCGCGGUCUUCGGUAAUGUGACGGCCAUUAUCCAGAGGAUGUACUCGCGCCGCUCGCUCUAUCACACUCGUACCAAAGACCUCAAAGACUUCAUCCGCGUGCAUCGACUUCCCAAGGCCCUCGCGCAGCGCAUGCUGGAGUGCUUUCAGACGACGUGGUCUGUCAACAAUGGCAUCGAUGUUAGCGAGCUUCUCAAGGAUUUCCCAGAUGAACUGCGGGCUGACAUCGCCAUGCACCUGAAUAAAGAGCUGCUUCAGCUGCCGCUGUUUGAAUCGGCCAGCCGAGGGUGUCUGCGCUCUCUGUCGCUCAUCAUCAAAACCUCCUUUUGUGCUCCAGGAGAAUUCCUCAUUCGCCAGGGUGAUGCUCUGCAGGCCAUCUACUUUGUCUGCUCAGGCUCCAUGGAAGUGCUCAAGGACAACACUGUGCUGGCUAUACUAGGAAAGGGGGAUCUGAUCGGAUCAGACUCACUGACAAAAGAGCAGGUGAUCAAGACCAACGCAAAUGUGAAAGCACUGACGUAUUGCGACCUGCAGUACAUCAGCCUGAAGGGACUGCGAGAAGUGCUGCGCCUUUAUCCUGAAUACGCCCAGAAGUUUGUCAGUGAAAUUCAGCAUGAUCUCACCUAUAACCUGCGGGAAGGCAGUGGAGCUGAUCUGGACUGGGAAAGCAAUGGCGGUCUAGUGAAGAAGCUUCCUGCUAUCCGUGAAGAUGAGGAGAAUGAUGAAGAGCAACACUCGGUGUCAAGGGCCCAACGUUCUCCCCUUCGCCUGACCCGGGGCCUCAGCUCCCCCCUGCGAUCGCCUCUUCUUCCCCCUCGCCCCUUCCGCCCUCCAUCAGACCACACGCGUCCUGCCACUCUCCAGAUCCCUGUGGUCAGUUUCAGCAGCGCUCCUCCAGAACUCAGCCCCAGGUUUGUGGACGGCAUCGAGACAGAAAGCAAUUCCAGCUCAACACAAAGGUUUGAGUUCGGUCCCAGCCUACCUCAUAGCGGUCCUCCAUCCCCUACCCCAGUGAACCAGGAGCAGCUGGAGACCAAGCAGAGCAUCACCAAACUGAGUGAGGAGAUGACUAGUCUAUCCCAGCAAGUCUCUCAGCUGAGCAAAGAGCUACAGGAAAUGACACGUCUCCUUCGGCCCUUGCUCGUCAUUGGAUCUCAACCUCCUCCGACAGCCCUCAGUCCAACAAUGCCUCCGUCUCCCAACAGUAGCAGCGGUCCAACAAUAUCCACGCCACCAGCUCCUUCAGCCCCGUCGUCUGCACCGCUCAGACCAACUUGCUCCAUAUUGGACAGGGCAGACACUGGGAACAUUAGCUUGCCCAGCUGUCUCAUACCCACCAGCCCACCGCAGAGACCCCAAGCACAGGCUCAGGGAGGCUGUUUAAGGGGACCUUCCUUGCCAGUCCUUCUUUCUUCAGUGACAGCCCAAACGGAGGGGGAAGGCACACAGGCAGUUCCAACCCAGCCUCCACAAGCCAGCCACCCCCCAUCUCCAUCUCUCACCUUUUCAUUCUCGCUCCCUACUUUCCGCUCCCAGUCUACUUCCUGCUCUCCCUGCCAGGGUCCUCACCGACCUGCCAGUCACAGCAGAGGUUUGCUACCUCGACCCCCCUCACAGGACACCCCAACUCCACCACCCUCGCAUUGCUCUGCACCACCCUCGAUUAAUAAUUCCCCUGGUGACAACAGGCUGGGGAUCAGUCCUUUUCCCUCGUCCCCUUCCUCCACUGCCUCUCGGGUUCAGGCACGGUCGUGCACCCCUCCUUCCUGCCCACAUACCUCCCCACCCUUACCCUGCUCCCUGGACUCCCUGCCAGAAAGCCAAGCCUUUUUUGGCACUUCACGGUCCCCGCAGAACCCCAGGCCAGGACCUCCUCAGUUAGAGUUUGAGAUGCAAGAAUGGGCAGCAGGAGGGAGGCCUUCUACAGAGCAUAUCAGCUUCAUAGAUGAAGAGGGACCGCCACUGUGAAAGACUGAGAGAUGAAUACUACGACUAGUUGACUUAGCAAAUAGGGGAGUGGUGAACUGGGCUGACUGCAAUUACCCCAACACACCUAUAUUCUGAAUGACAGACAAAACUGAUUGCUGUUCCUUCAGGAUGACACUCUUGGAAUUGGACAGCUUGUGGCUCUGUUCCAAACCCUAGUGAGCUACCUAUUUACAGACAGCAUUUUUAGGCAUCAUAGGCAUGGUACUGAUGCAUUUUGUCAAAUGGCAGACAGCUAAAAUAGUAUUGUCUUAAAAGUCACUAUCAUAUGUAUGCAUCAUGGAUAAAACAUCUUCGACUGCUUUUAGUGAAAAGUUUCAUCCAGGAUUGUCCCACUUGUUACAUAAAACAAAAACACGAGAGAAUAAUGCUGCAUUCUAGGAGUGUGCAAUAUAUAUCAUCUACAAUAAUAUCAGAAUUGUUGUUUAAAUUAUAUGCCAUUCAACAUUAUUGAGUAUAUCGCAAAAACCAAACAAAAACAAACCCAAAGAGUUUGUACAUACACUACAUGAUGUAGGUUAGACUACUGUGCGUGCACAUCUACUGUAGAAUUCACGCUUUCACUGCGUUAUUUAGUCUAUUAAAAUGCAUUUAAAAUUCCCCCAAAAUGUAAGAUAAGGGGGUAAAUAUGUACCAGUAUGACCGUAUGAUCUGAUACAGUUAAUAUCAUGCAAAGAGUAUUUUUUUCCAAAUAUCAGUACGAUUGCAAAUGUCCUUGCUGAAAAAAAAAAAGAAAAAAAAAACAAAAAACGCUAAAACCAGCCUAAGCUGGUUUAAGCUGGAAGUAGCUGGACUUAGCUGGUCUCCCAGCCUGGCUAGGCUGAUCAAGCUGGUUUUAGCUGGUUGUUCCAGCUGGUCUCCCAGCCUGACCUGCUGGCCAUUUAAGACCAGGCUGGAUGACCAGCUACUUAGGCUGAUUUUAGUUGUUUUUUCAGCAAAGGUGAUAUUGAUUUUAUAAAAACAAUCCAAUAAACAAGUUAAUAACCAUCGACUUACAUUUUAGAUGCAAGCGCCUGUUUUUGCUCUAAUUCGUCAGUGAAAAUAGUUCCAAACAAAGCCACAGCAGAACUGUGCAUCUUUGAACAACACAAAAUGGUGUUUUGUUACUGAAUCACUCAGCUGUUUGAACGAAUCGUUUGAAUGAAUGACUCAGUGACUCACUCAUGCAGUGAUUUACUGCCACCUACUGGCGAUUUUAGGUUUGUAUUUGAGGUAUUUUUUUUCCCUCAAAAUCAUUUCAAAUAACAUUUGAAUGUUUUGAUUUUAAAACAUCAGAAUAUUAUUUAUGGACUUGUAACUGCAGGGUAAAUGUAUUCAUGUCCUGCAUUAAACAGUCUGUGUAAAUGCAUCUAAAUGCCACUUCUGUGCCACCUCUGCAUUGCAAACACAAAUUUUGUUGAUACUGAUUUACUUUGGUUGGUAACAUCCCUAUGGUGUCUUACUAUUUGAAUGUAUUGAUUACAUUUAAGAAUUUAAUACAAAACAUGAUGAAUACAUUUGAUUAGGUUAGAAAACAAUUGGCCUUAGAAAGGUAAAAUGCCCAUAAAAGGUAAAAAUCUAUUUAAACUUACUGAAAAAGUUAAUUUCUGUUACUCGUGCAAAUCAUCAUACAGAAUAUAAAAAAUAUCAAAAGCAUUGUGGUCAGCUGUUUAAGGCAGUCAUAAACCUGUCAAAAUACCAGCACAAUAAAAACAGUUAGCAAAACAUUGACAAAUUAUCUUUAUCAACAAAAUUCCAGAAAACUUCGAAAUAUCUUGCAUACUCAUGAAUACUAUUUCAGUUCAGUCAAUUCAAUUUAUGAGGUUCUUUUUGAGGUAAAAUUCUACUUUAGAUUGUAGCUGCCAAUGUAGACGGCUUACAAUUAGGCAGCUUACUGUGAUUUGGAACAGAGCCACUGUGGUAUUCACUUGGGAGCACCUCAGUACCUGACACCAGCCAGUCACUCUGCUCUGAGCACAACUUCAUGAUGAAGCUCCUCUUCUAAAGGCAUUAUAGGGUCAUCAUAAUCAACAUAAAGCAUGGUGUCCAGAACUGCAAAGAUGAGGCUGCGGUCGUACCUUGCAAUGGGAAUUUAAUAUAACAAAUGAAAGUGCACUGAUUAACUUGCAUGGCUGUGCACUAAUCAUGCACAGAGUACAGGCAUUGUCAGGUGGUGUUUCUUAUCUCUGUAUUACCAAAACAAUGUUUUUACUCUACUAAUUACCCACCUUGUGAAUCAAGUUCAUAUUUGAAUUUCCAGAAUUGAUAAAUGAAUGAGCUGUCACAACAGAUUAUCCACAAUACUUCAUUUGUUACAUCCA